UAGCUAUGAAGUGCCGAUAAUGUUCCAUAAGAAAUGGAAUACUUGUCCUUCCGAUCUGCUUAAGUUGGGCAGAGUUACUUGUACUUGUGCCGGUGGGAGUUUGCAGAUACUUAGUGUAUAGUCGAGGUGCGUAAAAGAUGGCUCAGACACUACCAUUAUAAAAAGAAGAAAAAAACAAAAGGAAAAAGGAAAUGCAAUAAUUAGCCUUUCGAUCUGGUUAAGCCUUGGUGAGCAUAAGUAGCCAGUACUGGUAUUGGUAGGGGUAGAAGGAAUAGUUGAGGUGCGCUAAAACUGGCCCAGACACCCCUAUUAUAAAUUAAUUUUGUUUAAAUAAAAAGAAGGAAAAAGAAAUGGUUGUCCUUUCGAUCUGUCUAACCAAGUGGUGGGCAGAGUUACCUGGUACUAAAAGAAAUGGUUGUCCUUCCGAUCUCUCUAAGCCUUGGCAGGCAGAGUUACCUGGUACUAUGCUGGUAGGAGUUAGCAGGUACCUGGUGGAAUAUCGAGGUGUGCAAAAGUUGGCUUAGACACCCACCAUUAUUUUUUUAAAAAAAAAAUCAAAAGGAAAAGAAAUGGAAUGGUUGUCAUUUUAUGCUUAUUUAUCUACAAUUGCAAUAAAUUCAUAACCUUCAAAUUGUUUAGCAGAUCCUCCUAAUUUCAAUUUAUAGCCAUUGGAAGACUUUUACAUGGCUUCUCACUGUUGCGCUUCUUGUUUUUCUCUUCUUUAAUGUGGUGUUUAUGCUUCUCUGAGCCGAGGGUCUAUUGGAAACAACCUCUCUAUCUCCACAAGGUAGGGUAAGCUUUUAUGUUAUCGUUAUAAUCGAAGAUUAGCACUAAGAGCUUCUGAUAACCACUCUGAAUCAGUGGUUUCCGCUAAAGGAGAUGGGUAUAUACCUGAGUACUCCGAAAACGGAGAAAUUUUCAGAAGAUGGUGAGAAUGUUAAGGUUAGAUAUGGUUUAUCAUCAAUGCAAGGAUGGCGAGCAACUAUGGAAGAUGCUCAUGCAGCAAUUACUGACUUGGAUGCUUCCACUUCCUUUUUUGGUGUCUAUGAUGGUCAUGGAGGUAAAGUUGUUGCUAAAUUUUGUGCCAAGUAUCUACAUCAGCAAGUGCUGAAGCAUGAAGCAUAUCUGCAAGGAGAUAUUGGAACUUCAGUCCAGAAAGCCUUUUUCAGAAUGGAUGAGAUGAUGCGUGGUCAGAGAGGAUGGAGGGAGCUGGCUGCGUUAGGGGAUAGAUUAAACAAGUUUACGGGUAUGAUAGAGGGUCUUAUAUGGUCUCCAAGAAAUGGUGAUGGAAACGGCAAUACUGAUGAUUGGGCCUUUGAGGAGGGGCCUCACUCUGAUUUUCCUGGACCAACUUCUGGAAGUACGGCUUGUGUUGCAAUCAUUAGAGAGAACCAAGUCACUGUUGCGAAUGCUGGUGAUUCUCGUUGUGUGAUUUCACGUAAGGGCCAGGCGUAUAAUCUAUCAAGGGAUCACAAACCUGAUCUUGAGAUUGAAAGAGAGAGGAUCCUGAAAGCAGGUGGUUUCAUCCACGCAGGACGUGUUAAUGGUAGCUUAAAUCUUGCAAGAGCUAUAGGUGACAUGGAAUUCAAGCAGAAUAAGUUUUUGCCAGCUGAGAAGCAAGUUGUUACAGCCGAUCCAGACAUAAAUAUUGUUGAACUAUGCGAUGAUGAUGAUUUUAUUGUGCUAGCCUGUGAUGGUGUGUGGGACUGCAUGUCGAGCCAGCAAUUAGUGGACUUUAUACAUGAGCAGCUGAACUCGGAAUCCAAGCUUUCAGUGGUAUGUGAAAGAGUUCUUGAUCGGUGUUUGGCACCUACUGCUGGAGGUGAAGGAUGCGAUAAUAUGACCAUGAUUUUAGUACAACUCAAAAAACCUAUUCUCUCCGGGGCUUCUCCACGUGAUGAACCAUCGGCUUCUCCAGGCGAACCAUCGGCUUCUCCAUGUGAUGAACCAUUGGCUUCUCCAGGUGAUGAGCUGUCAGCUUCGAGUGAGAAACUCCCUGCUUCAGAUGAUGUAAGUGCUGAAUCAAAACCAGCAGCAGAGUGUGGAUCAAGUUCAUAGUCACAGAUAUCCUUUGUUGAGUCUGAUACUUCCUUCUCAAAGUCUAAUCUGCAGUUGUAAAUGAUUGUUUUUUAGCUAUGAGGAUCAACUACUGAAAAUUUUACACUCAUUUGCUGCUGGUUGUAUAUGUUUUUUGUAUUGUACUAUAACUCUGUGGAUGACAUAUAUAGAUGACUUGACCAGAUGUCCAGAUGUCUGACAUGAAAACUAAAAACUGAACAAUUUGUUAUCCAAAUUGAUUACAUCCUU